AUGGCCUCGCUCUACCGCCUGGCCGGUCGAGGCGCCUCCAAGCGUCUCUGCCUCCGUCCAGCAACCUCCUCCCAGAUUCCCAUCUCCGCCGCGUGCUCCUCGGCAGCUUCAACAAUAAGAUCCCUGUCCUCGACCACCCGCCGCCGAUAUGCCACGACUCCGGACCAUGCCGAGCUCAUCAAGGCUCAGGCGACGCGGCUGGUGCCCGUGGACUCGGACUUCUCGAACCCGGUCGACCCCUACUCCGUGACGAACCGCAAGGAUGACAUUGAGGCGAACGAGCCGGGCGUCGCUGAGCGCAAGAUCCGCCACUACACGGUCAACUUUGGUCCCCAGCAUCCGGCCGCGCACGGUGUGUUGCGUCUGAUUCUCGAGCUGAGCGGAGAGGAGAUUGUUCGUGCCGACCCACACGUCGGUCUGCUGCACCGUGGUACCGAGAAGCUGUGCGAGUACAAGACGUACCUCCAGGCCCUUCCGUACUUUGACCGUCUCGACUACGUCUCCAUGAUGACCAACGAGCAGUGUUUCGCGCUGGCCGUUGAGAAGCUGCUCAACAUUGAGAUUCCUGAGCGCGCCAAGUACAUCAGGACCAUGUUUGGCGAGAUCACCCGUAUUCUCAACCACUUGAUGUCGGUUCUCUCGCACGCCAUGGACGUCGGCGCUCUUACACCCUUCCUGUGGGGUUUCGAGGAGAGAGAGAAGCUCAUGGAGUUCUACGAGCGUGUCUCUGGUGCCCGUUUCCACGCUGCCUACGUCAGACCAGGCGGUGUCCACCAGGACAUCCCGGCCGGCCUGCUUGAUGACAUUUACCAAUGGGCUACCCAGUUCGGCGACCGCAUCGACGAGACCGAGGAGAUGCUGACAGACAACCGCAUCUGGAUCAACCGUCUCCAGGGCGUUGGUGUCGUCUCGGCCUCCGAGGCUCUGGACCUCUCCUUCACCGGUGUGAUGCUCCGCGGUUCGGGUGUGCCUUGGGACAUCCGCAAGAGCGCACCUUAUGACGCCUACGACAAGGUCGAGUUCGACGUCCCCGUCGGUCUGAACGGCGACUGCUACGACCGCUACCUGUGCCGCAUGGAGGAGUUCCGUCAGUCGCUGCGCAUCAUCCACCAGUGCCUGAACCAGAUGCCGGCCGGUCCCGUGCGCGUCGAGGACUACAAGAUCUCGCCGCCACCCCGUGCCGCCAUGAAGGAGAACAUGGAGGCCCUGAUCCACCACUUCCUUCUGUACACCAAGGGCUACGCCGUGCCGCCCGGAGACACUUACUCGGUCAUCGAGGCCCCCAAGGGCGAGAUGGGUGUCUAUGUCGUCAGCGACGGCAGCGAGCGCCCUUACCGUGUUCACAUCAGGGCACCUGGUUUUGCCCACUUGGCUGGCUUUGACCACGUCUGCAAGGGUCACUUGCUUGCCGAUGCCGUCGCUGUCAUUGGAACAAUGGAUCUUGUGUUUGGUGAAGUCGAUCGGUAA